UUCAACUCAGACUGAUAAAACAAUGGUGAGCUGCAAACCUGUGCUCAUUUCACUGCUGCUCCUGUGGAUCUUGAAUGUGUCUGCAAUGUAUGAAGACUGCUGUGUUUCCUACACAAGAAAGCAAAUGAAGUGCCAUGCUAUGAAGGGCUAUUCAAUACAAACAUCCAGAGAUCUGUGCAAUAUUGAUGCCAUCAUUUUCUACACAAAAUGGGGCAAACAGAUUUGUGCAGACCCAAGUCAGCAGUGGGUGAUGGACAUCAUUAAUUGCCUAAAGCACAGAGUGAAAUUAAUUGCUCAACAGAGCUAGAAUGCUAUAGAGGAAGAACCUGCCAAAGCUGGAAAAGCAAGCAUAACUCAACUAUUUACUUUUGUUUUAGAAACAAUAGUCUUUAAAGGAGCAGAAAUAUUUUUUAUUUAUUUCCUGAUAUGUGUGUUUAUAGAUACUUAAGUAUUGCUGCAUGAUUAUUUAAAAAAAGUUCAUGCCUUGAUUGGUUAAAGGGAUAUAUGGUAAAGGAAAAUUGUUAACUGUUCUGAACUCACAAUGAGGACACACACACAGUAUGUGGGUGUGUGUGUGUGUGUGCGUGCGUGCGUGGGUGUGCAUGUGUGUGUGAGUGUGCGUGUGUGUGUAUGUGUGUGUAUGUACAGAAGAUUCCUGCCAACCUGCAUGUACUGAAAGGCAAUAGUCUCCUUGUUGAUUUUGAUUUUAAGUGUAAAAGCAUAUUGCUUUUCUAUUCUACCCUAUAUACUCCUAGGGUGUAUUUGUACAAACCAAUGGAUAAAUGGAUAUCUGUUGUCUUCAGUUGAAUUCAUAUUGAAUUUGUAUGAACAGUAUAAAAAUAAAAUAAAACAAAAU